AUGUCAAGAGGAUUUCCAGCUGAUACAAGAUCACAAAAAGUUCUGGAAGAAGUUUAUGAAAAAGAAACUAUUUCACAAUUAAAUUGGUUUUUAAAAUGUCAAGAAGCUAAAAAAUUGCAUGGUUCUGAACCAUUAACAGCGACAGUGAUAAAUGAUACACCAUUACCGGAUAUUUCAAAUAUUCUGUCGAAAUCAAAUAAACAACAAAUUGAGAAGGACAAAGAAGAAAUUGAACAAUCGAAACAAACGGAUUCAAGUGAAAAAAAAGAAACGCAAGAAGAGACUGCUGAAAAAACAUUUGAUGUUGGACCAGAUAUGAUUCCACCAUCACCGGAUGUGUUGAAAUUGUUGUAUGAAGGAAUAUCAACUGAAGGGAAAGGACGAUACCGUUAUCUUCGUGAUCGUUGUAAACUGAAUGUAGAAGACAGAUUCCAAUAUCCUAUACUUAGUUCAAUGGAAUAUGGUUGGGGUCAUGCACAACAGUGA